AUGAGUUUCUUCAACCCGCCAGGAAGUAAUACGUCUUCUACUCCGGCAGGCGGCGCCACGGGAGGAGGGCUGUUUGGAGGAGGCAACACCAAUAGCACUGGGAACACCAAUGUGUUCGGAGCCGGUAUUUUCGGUGGAGGAGGAACAUCUAACACAGGUGGUACACCAAGCUUCUUUGGCAACACGAAUACUACUACAGGAUCCACUGCUGCUCCGGCUUCAACAAGUGGCGGCAUCUUUGGCAACGCGAAUAAGACUACGACGACACCAGCGACAGGUGCACUUUUUGGUGGAGGAACGACGAAUACACCAUCAACACCUGCAGGUAGCCUGUUCGGUGCUGGUGGCACUUCAACGACAGCCUCAAACCCACCAGGCGGGCUAUCUGGUGGAGCGAAUGCAUCAUCAGCUACUCCUGCUACUGGAACAACAGGUGGUCUUUUCGGUGGAGGAACAACCAACGCAUCUACAACCCCUGCAGCCGGUGGACUAUUUGGGGGAGCCAAACCCAACCCAACGGCAACGGCACCCAACGCGAAUCCACUUUUUGGUGGAGGAUCUUCUGCUUUCAGCUUACCAAAGCCAGCAGACAACGGAGUUCCCAAACCACCUGCCUCAAGCUUUUUUUCCCAACCCAGCACGAGUAGCACGCCUGCUGCAGGUGCCACAUCUACUGCCCCUGGUGCUGGGUUCUUUGGUUUGCCUCCAAAGCCAGCGGACAACGCCAGCACGGCGGCGCCUAGUACCUCGGCUGGGUCAUCGACGACCAGCGCCACUGCUGGUGGUCUCUUUGGUGGCGGAUUGUUUGGGAAACCUGCAACAACGACCGCAGCGCCUGCGGCUUCGAGUACAACCUCUCCUUUCUCACUUGGUGGCGAUAAAAAGGACACGACGUCUACCUCGACACCAGCUGGAGGAUUAUUUGGAGCACCUCCUGCUAAUAAGGAUGCAGAGAAAAAGGACACCGCACCAGCAGCUGCGUUUCCUCUUUUCGGUGCGGCUAAACCUGACGAAAAGAAAGAUACUUCGGCGACGGCAGCGAAAGAAGGCAGUAAUCCUGCAGGGACAGGGGGUGCUUCCACGGUUGCCGUCGUUGCGAUCCCACCUCCUUCGAUGCUGAGAGGCAAAACUUUGGAAGAGAUUGUGAAUAGAUGGUCUUCAGAUUUGGAACCCAAUGUUCGCGAAUUCAACAAAUUUGCAGCAGAGGUGGAAGCGUGGGAUCGAACCUUGAUUGAAAAUGGCAAUAACAUCGCCGCCCUUUACAGUCACGUUGUGGCAGCUGAAAGGCAGCAAAACGAGAUCAACGAAGCCUUGGACCAUAUUGAACAACAGCAAAAGGAUCUCGCGUCCACUCUCGACGCCUACGAGAAAGUAUCUCAGGAGAUCCUUGGUACACAAGGAGCAAGCUUGAGGACCCUGGACGCUGGUCCUGCUGACAAUGAACGCGACAAGAACUACAUGUUGGCCACGGACCUCCACACUCAUCUUGACGACAUCUCCGGCUCCCUGACCCAGAUGAUAGACUCGGUCAAUGGCCUAUCAAUAGCAUCGAAGCCGGACGAUUCAACCAACGACCCUAUGUCACAAAUCGCUCAGGUUUUGAGUAGCCAUCUAGAGAGUUUGCAGUGGAUCGAUGCUGCCGUCCGAGAAGUGGAAGGCAAGGCAACCGAUGUUGAAAAGAGAAUCAAGGAGUCAGGCCAUACUCUAUCAGGAUCUACUUCAAAACCAAGAGGAUUUGGCUUGAAUCGUUAA